UGCAUCAUUAGAUGAACCCAUAAAUAAAAAAACGCUAUCAAAAGCAAACGCGCAGAAGUACGUUUCGAUGUUCCGCAUCGAUGGAGUUCCAAUUUUACCGCCAUUGAUUACGCAAGAAAAACGCCGGCAAAUGCAAAAAUUUAAAGAGAAGGCAGUUAAGGUUGAACAGCGCCUUGAGGAAUGUCGUCGCAGAAGGGGGAGAUAUAACUUGGAAUAUUCCACGGUCGGUGAAGAGUUAAAACUAGAUCAAAUAGGAGGGAGUAAUAACCACGAUAUUAGCAGCAGCAGCAGCAGUAGUGUGUCUGAACACAUAAAACAAGAUAAUCAACAUGAAGAAGUUGAAAAAUCAUAUCUGUUGCUUUCAGAUCUUUUAGUUCAAAAUGAAGUCGGUUCUUCAUCGAUUAUACCUAAUCAAAAUAAUUGCAAAAUGAACCGUCAAGCCUCCGGAGAAGCUCGUAAUAAUGAUUUAGAAAUUGUCGAACUACGGUCUUCGGAAACGAAUCUCAUGCAGCGGAUGCAAAAGUUAAAAAAAUCCGAAACAUUGAUCAUUGAACAUGGUUCCAAUACACUCUUAACACCUUUAUCAGAAGAUGAAAUUAAACUUUUUCAACAACAGCAGCAGCAAAUUAAUUUGGACCAUCCGAAACAGAAACCUUUAGAACGUAAAGUUUAUUUAUAUGAAGUUGACGAGGAUGAAAAUCCCAAUUUUCAAAUACAUCAGAGACCCAAACCAUGCAUGGAUAAAUCUUUAAUGAAAAUACCAUCAAUAUGCAUUGAUCCGCCAACACCAAUCACAGCAACGUGUACUUUUAGUGACAGUAUAAAUCAGCAAUGUAGCAUUGAUAUUAUAAAUGUGAAUAAUGACAAGAAAGCCAGCAAGGAAACAAACAAGUCAUUGAUGGAAGAAUAUGGUUCAGAUGAAAGCUUCAAUUAUACAGGGUCCACGACAAAUCUUGAACGUGACCUUAAAACACAUCGGAAGGUAACGAACAUUACUAGCAAAAUUAUCAAGUUCGAAAACUUUUCUACAACGGAACAAAAAGAAGACACAGCGAAAUGUUCUAAUAUAAGGCCUCCGCAGCGAUCAGCCACAAGUCCAUCGUUGAAUGCAGGAACUUCGGAGAGAACACAGAUCGCUCCCGAUUCUCUAGGCGUGACACAUGGUUCACAGAGUCACAACGGUUUGGUCCGCUCCAAUUCAUUCACGUUAGAGGGUCCUUCAGAAGCAUUAAUCGAACAUAUCCGUCAACAAAAAUUACCCCCUAACAAUAAUUACCCCACUAAGCGUUUGAAUUUAUUUUCCAUUAGUGCUACACGCGACACUGUGGAAUCAAAAGCCAAGCGUGUACAGAAAAUAGAUUUGAAAUCCCGUUCAGUACCAACGCGCUUACAGCUAAAGCCUUCUACCACAAACAUAACCACUCCGUCCCUUUCGCAUUCAACUAAUAACAAAAUAAAACGUUCGCCAUAUGAACAAAAGGUCACCAAACCAAAGAUGGGGCGCCAACUGAAAAAAUCAGCUUGCGGCACCUCAUCUAUCAAACAAAUGAAGACCAGAACUUCGAUGCCGAGCAUACCUUCAGACAAAAAAUCGACAGAAGUUGCACGCGAGCCAGCAACAAACAACCUACACUUUAACGACAUUGAAACUGAACACCGUCAAAAAUUCCUAGAAUUGUUGGCACAUCAAAAAACGGAACAGCAACGAAUGCACCAGUUAUUCGAAGGCAACAACAGCACUUGCUCGAACAACUUACUUUCAGUUGCCUCCAAUUCCAUGGAUAGCACGACUGGCAUAUGUGAGUUGUCAUCUCUAGAGUUAUCUGCUUGUUCGUCUACCAUACCGACAACGUCGCAAAAAACAAUUAGUAUUUUCAAUUUCCAGUUAAUCGUAAAGAGAUCCUUAUACACAAAAAUUAGUGUUGUUUUCACCUAUACACGGUUGGUAGUCAUAGAAACGUGGGCAAAACAUCCCGACUUUAAUAUGGAAGAAACUAAUGCAGAAACAAUGAGUGCAUCAUUAGAUGAACCCAUAAAUAAAAAAACGCUAUCAAAAGCAAACGCGCAGAAGUACGUUUCGAUGUUCCGCAUCGAUGGAGUUCCAAUUUUACCGCCAUUGAUUACGCAAGAAAAACGCCGGCAAAUGCAAAAAUUUAAAGAGAAGGCAGUUAAGGUUGAACAGCGCCUUGAGGAAUGUCGUCGCAGAAGGGGGAGAUAUAACUUGGAAUAUUCCACGGUCGGUGAAGAGUUAAAACUAGAUCAAAUAGGAGGGAGUAAUAACCACGAUAUUAGCAGCAGCAGCAGCAGUAGUGUGUCUGAACACAUAAAACAAGAUAAUCAACAUGAAGAAGUUGAAAAAUCAUAUCUGUUGCUUUCAGAUCUUUUAGUUCAAAAUGAAGUCGGUUCUUCAUCGAUUAUACCUAAUCAAAAUAAUUGCAAAAUGAACCGUCAAGCCUCCGGAGAAGCUCGUAAUAAUGAUUUAGAAAUUGUCGAACUACGGUCUUCGGAAACGAAUCUCAUGCAGCGGAUGCAAAAGUUAAAAAAAUCCGAAACAUUGAUCAUUGAACAUGGUUCCAAUACACUCUUAACACCUUUAUCAGAAGAUGAAAUUAAACUUUUUCAACAACAGCAGCAGCAAAUUAAUUUGGACCAUCCGAAACAGAAACCUUUAGAACGUAAAGUUUAUUUAUAUGAAGUUGACGAGGAUGAAAAUCCCAAUUUUCAAAUACAUCAGAGACCCAAACCAUGCAUGGAUAAAUCUUUAAUGAAAAUACCAUCAAUAUGCAUUGAUCCGCCAACACCAAUCACAGCAACGUGUACUUUUAGUGACAGUAUAAAUCAGCAAUGUAGCAUUGAUAUUAUAAAUGUGAAUAAUGACAAGAAAGCCAGCAAGGAAACAAACAAGUCAUUGAUGGAAGAAUAUGGUUCAGAUGAAAGCUUCAAUUAUACAGGGUCCACGACAAAUCUUGAACGUGACCUUAAAACACAUCGGAAGGUAACGAACAUUACUAGCAAAAUUAUCAAGUUCGAAAACUUUUCUACAACGGAACAAAAAGAAGACACAGCGAAAUGUUCUAAUAUAAGGCCUCCGCAGCGAUCAGCCACAAGUCCAUCGUUGAAUGCAGGAACUUCGGAGAGAACACAGAUCGCUCCCGAUUCUCUAGGCGUGACACAUGGUUCACAGAGUCACAACGGUUUGGUCCGCUCCAAUUCAUUCACGUUAGAGGGUCCUUCAGAAGCAUUAAUCGAACAUAUCCGUCAACAAAAAUUACCCCCUAACAAUAAUUACCCCACUAAGCGUUUGAAUUUAUUUUCCAUUAGUGCUACACGCGACACUGUGGAAUCAAAAGCCAAGCGUGUACAGAAAAUAGAUUUGAAAUCCCGUUCAGUACCAACGCGCUUACAGCUAAAGCCUUCUACCACAAACAUAACCACUCCGUCCCUUUCACAUUCAACUAAUAACAAAAUAAAACGUUCGCCAUAUGAACAAAAGGUCACCAAACCAAAGAUGGGGCGCCAACUGAAAAAAUCAGCUUGCGGCACCUCAUCUAUCAAACAAAUGAAGACCAGAACUUCGAUGCCGAGCAUACCUUCAGACAAAAAAUCGACAGAAGUUGCACGCGAGCCAGCAACAAACAACCUACACUUUAACGACAUUGAAACUGAACACCGUCAAAAAUUCCUAGAAUUGUUGGCACAUCAAAAAACGGAACAGCAACGAAUGCACCAGUUAUUCGAAGAGCAACAACAGCACUUGCUCGAACAACUUACUGCCAAAAUGAGUAGCGCGAAUAUUUGCCUGAAAAACGUUAAUGAUAAUGGCUCGUUGGACAAUUCUCCUUCCGCCAAACCGAUCUUGGUCGCUACUCUGUCGUUGCAAUCACCAACAAUUACUGCCAACAGUUCAGUUGCCUCCAAUUCCAUGGAUAGCACGACUGGCAUAUGUGAGUUGUCAUCUCUAGAGUUAUCUGCUUGUUCGUCUACCAUACCGACAACGUCGCAAAGUAGCAACCGCUGCACACCGAGACGUCGCCUUUUUUCGCGUGAUUUCUCUCCUUCAGCGUCGUUAUGCAGUAACAAUAUAGUGGAUGCUCAGAACGUGAACCGCUCAAAUGGAACAACUCCGGGGCGCUCCGGCAGCCGCUACAAGGCAGAAAAUUCUGACUUAAGCGAGGAAGCACGGCGACGAGCUGCUGCAGUGACAAAAAUUAAUGCGCAUGUGCGUGGUUAUUUGGUGCGACGUCUAUUUCAAACGGAACAAAUUCAACGUAUCGUCCAGACAAUUAAAGAUACACUAAUAUUCGUUUUCAGUCUGCACAUGGAAACUAUGUACGAUCCGGUUGAGGCGAAGGCGCCUGAUAAUGUCAUAUUGAAGGCACGACUUUUAAGACAGUUGACUUCAACAAUGCAUACACUACACUUAAUACUAUUUCAAACAACGGUCAAGGAACGGAUGGAAAUUAUUAGUCGCGACCGCAAACGAAUUAAAACUAAAAUGCUCACUUUGAGUAUGAAAAGGACACCAACUUUUCGUACAUAAUUCAUGAA